AACAUCGUCUUUGCAAAGAGGAUUACGCCAGUCAAGAUCUUACGCCAGUCAAGAUAUAAAGGCUGAUUAUAUAAAAUAUUCAAUAUUGCUUAUAUUUAUUAUUAUUUCAAGGAUUUUUUUUUUCUAAAAUUAACUUAAUUCGCCAUGUUUAAUUACUUAUUAAUUAUCCUAUUCUGUUUCUCUUUGAGUUUAACUUUGGUUUAUUCCAUAAAUUAUGAGAAACCGAAUUAUGAGGAAUGGCUUAAAAGUAUUCGUCUACUUAAAAAUAAUCAAUUUGAAAGAGGUAAAUCGGAAUUAAUCUUCCUUUUGGAUCGUUCUGGAAGUAUAGGACUUGCUAAUUUUGAAGCCGAGAAAGGAUUUGUUGAAAGUUUAUUACAACAUUUUGUAAUUGCUCCAAAUGCUACAAGAGUUGCUGUAAUUGCUUACAGUCAGAAUAUUGUAAGGUAUAUAGAUUACAUAAAAGAGCCUAAAAAUCGAUGUUUAUUCGCGGAAGAACUUCAAAAAAUUAAAUACGAAGACAGCGCUGCUACGAAUAUUGCUGGAGCAUUGGAUGAAGCUUAUGAAGUUCUGAAGAAUGCACGUCCUGGAGUAAGAAAAGUAACGAUCCUUCUUUCGGAUGGAUUUUCUACUUAUGGUAACGAUCCUUUAAAAUCAGCAAAAAAACUUAUAGAAAGUGGUACAGAGGUAUUUGCUGUUGGUAUUGGUAGAUUUCUUGGUAAUGAAUUGAAAUCCCUCUGCACCAGUGAACAGCAUUUUUUCCAUUGUUACGACUUUCAAAAUUUCCGACUCUUAGCAGAAGUAAUACGAGGAGAUCCUCACGAAACCAAAUGGUCUUUGGAAGAAGGGCCAAGAAAUUGCGAUCAUUUCUGUAAUAGUUUAUACAGAGGUCAGCCUGAAGAUCCUGGUUGUUGUGAUUACUCAGCUAAAUGUUCUUGUGCUUUAAAAUUGGGGCUUUACGAAUGUAUUUGUGGCCCAGGAUUUUACGGAUUAAGUGGACUUUUGGGAGAUUGUAAAGCAUGUCCUAAAGGAACAUACAAGGAUAAAUUGGAACCUACGGACCACUGUACAAAAUGUCCAGAUAAUUCCACAACAGUAAAUGUAGCUAGUACUUCAAUAGAAGACUGCAUUUGUAAAAAAGGAUACGAGAGAAAUCCAUCAAAGGGAAUUUCUUGUGAACUUAAACGUUGCCCACCUUUGCAAGCACCACAGAAUGGACGCAUUAGUAAAUGUGAUAAUGUUUAUAAAAGUACAUGCAAGUUUAUUUGCAAUAAAAAUUAUGAAUUGCAACGUAAAGAUAGCGAAAAAAGAGUGUGUCAAGAUUCAAAAGAAUGGUCUGGUUCAGAAGCAGUAUGUCAAAAAAUUAAAUGUGCGGAACCAAUGGCACCAAAAUAUGGAGAUAAAAUAUGUAGCUCUACAGAUUUUCUCGUUGGAACUACUUGUGAAUUUUCUUGUGAUCCCGGUUACAUAUUAUUGGGAGAAAAGAUAAAGACGUGCCUUUCAACUAAAGAAUGGUUUCCCGAAGGUGUCAAAUGUAAUGCAAUAAUUUGUCCAGCUUUACAUCCUAAAAAUCAUAUAAUUAUAAGAAAUUGUGUUGUUGGAAAACAUUAUGAAUACAAUACGCUUUGCUCAUUUCAAUGUCCUAAGGGAUUCGAAAUGAAAGGCCCUUAUCAUAUGCUUUGUGAUGUUGACGAUGGAAAUAAACAGAGUGGAGUAUGGAAAGGAUUUAAUGGAGAAAUUCAACAGCCUUGGUGCAAAGAUAUUGAACCUCCUUCAAUUAGUUGUCCUCGAGACAUAUCAAUUCCUGCAGAUCCCGGAAAAAAUUAUAGCAUUCUUAGUUUAUCGAAACCUAGAGUAUCCGAUAACAGCGGAAUUGAACCGAGAGUAAAAGUAACUCCUUUUAUAAAGGAUUCCUUUAAAUUUUUUGUCGGAGAAUAUAAAAUAAAAUUUACAGCUAUAGAUCAAGCUUUGUUGAAAAGUUCGUGCGAAACGACAAUUAAAGUGAACGAUGUCGAACCACCUAAAGUUAUAUAUUGUCCAAGAAAAAUAGAAGUAAAUACUAGUGAUUUUGAAGUUUCGGUUAGUUGGCAAGAACCAGUUUUCUCGGACAAUUCAAACCAACCUCUUGACAUUAAGAAAACUGAAGCUCCUGGCCACAAGUUUACACCUGGAAGACAUACUGUAACUUACAUAGCAGAAGAUUUAAGCGGAAAUUUUGUGAAAUGUUCAUUUGAUGUUAUCGUUAGCAAGAAUGAAUGUCCUUAUUAUCCUCCUCCCGUUAAUGGUGCAAUUGCUUGCCAUUAUUGGGUUAGUGGGCAAAUAUGCGAGGUGUAUUGCAAUGAUUUGUUUGAAUUUUCUUCUCCACCUGCUGACUGGUAUAUAUGUGAUGCAUCAAAUGAAUGGAUAACAUAUCCCCAGGAAAAUUAUUCAAUUCCCUGGCCAGAUUGUGGAGAAUGGUAUGUUCCGUCACGCCUCAGAACAAUGAUUAAAACUCAUUAUUUUACUGGUAAUUGCCAUGAUUUAAGAGUUCAAAGAUCUAUACAGGAAGCAUAUAUGAAGCAUUUUGAAAGUGAAUUCAAUAAAUCAGCACUUUGUAUUAAAGAAAGAACUUGCAGAGUCGAUUCCGUUAAAGUUACCUGUGGCAAAAUGAAUUAUUCGAUUCCUCUCAGAGCAAAACGAGAUAUAUGGACAAUGCCAAGAAAUGACGUGAUUGAAAUAGAUAUAGAAAUAACAGUUUCUUCUGAAACAAAGGAUAAUUCUCAAGACAAUAUGAAGGAGCUGAUAAAUACUGUAAAUGAAAUUGUAGAUAACAUGAAUCAGAAUGUUACUAAUGAUAAAAUUGUGAUACCGCUAAAUGACCAGGGUGAUUCGAACAUUGUUUUGGAUCCGGUAUCGGUAGAAAUAAGUGAAUCGGAAUUCCUAUGUUAUAACGGAGCUGUUUUGAAAAAUGAAGAAUGUGAAAUAUGUCUUCCUGGUAGUUAUUCAGAAACUGGAUUAGAAACUUGUGAAGCGUGUCCCAUUGGCUCAUUUCAGUCUUUGUCUUUUCAAACUUCAUGCAUAUCAUGUCCUCCAUUAACAACAACUUGGAUUGAAGGAACUAUAAGUAGUGAGGAAUGCAGAGAAAAAUGUAUGCCAGGCAGUUAUUCCGAAACUGGUCUCGAGCCUUGUAUUCCUUGCGAUCUCGGAUAUUAUCAAGAUGAACACGGUCAAACAUUUUGUAUAAUGUGCCCUGAAAAUCUAACUACAAUAGAUAUUAAAUCUGAUUCAGAAUCUGCUUGUCUUGAAUAUGAUCAUUGUAACAAUAAUCCUUGCAUGAAUGGUGCAGAUUGCGUAAAUGGAAAAUUUAAUUAUAAUUGUUUAUGUCCAGAAGGAUUUACUGGAAGUUUUUGUGAAGUAAAUAUCGACGAUUGCCAGCAUUUACCGUGUGCCGAAGGAAGCACUUGUAUCGAUUUAGUUGCCGAUUUUCAAUGUCUUUGCCCUCCAGGAUUUAAUGGUUCUACUUGUCACGAAGAAAUAAACGAGUGUGAAUCAAAUCCGUGUGAAAAUUUUGCUAUUUGUGUCGAUCAAAUUGCAGGAUUUGAAUGCCUUUGUCUUCCCGGAUACGAAGGUCGAUUUUGUGAAAUCGACAUAGACAUUUGCGAAAAAUAUCCUUGUGCUAAUGAAGCGUACUGUGAGGAAAUAAAUAACGACAGACUCUGUCAUUGUUUACCCGGUUUUGAAGGUGCAGAUUGCAGUAUCAAUAUAGACGACUGUUUAUUUGUUACAUGCAUGAAUGGAGGAAGUUGUUUAGAUGGAGUUAUGAAUUACACUUGUUUGUGCUUGCCUGGCUACGUUGGCAGACAUUGUGAAAUAAAUCACGAUGACUGUAUUGGUCACCAGUGUGCAAUGGGUUCGACAUGUAUCGAUCAUGUGAAUGGUUAUGAAUGUUUAUGUUUACCUGGAUAUUCUGGACUCUUUUGUGAACAACAACUUCCUUCGGAUUUCAUGAUGUCAUUUAAUAAUCCGUCCAUAUCUAAUUUUGCCAUUGCAAACCGAAUACCACAGAUGUCUUCCACUACGAUAAGUAUGUGGGUGCAGACGACGGAUAAAUAUCGACAGGGAGCAAUGAUAUCGUACGCUGCCAGAGAUCGACUUCGGCAUAGUGUAGCCAAUGCCCUUACGCUCACGGACUACGGAUCUUUAAAAAUUUAUAUCAACGACGAGCCGGUAUAUACUAAUAUAAAGUUGAACGAUGNUGAAUUUAUUAUUAGUUCAUUUAAUUGGGGCAACUGCUUAAUUAACCCCAUUAGUGAGAUUCAGCGAAUUCACAAUUUAACAACUGAUGAAGCAGCAAUAAAAUCAGUCAACUUGCUAUCUAAGAAUCUGGGUUCAAGUUCAGAAUGGAACUGUAAAAUUUUUCAUAAUUCUUUUUUUUUUUUAGAAAAAUGUAUGCCAGGCAGUUAUUCCGAAACUGGUCUCGAGCCUUGUAUUCCUUGCGAUCUCGGAUAUUAUCAAGAUGAACACGGUCAAACAUUUUGUAUAAUGUGCCCUGAAAAUCUAACUACAAUAGAUAUUAAAUCUGAUUCAGAAUCUGCUUGUCUUGAAUAUGAUCAUUGUAACAAUAAUCCUUGCAUGAAUGGUGCAGAUUGCGUAAAUGGAAAAUUUAAUUAUAAUUGUUUAUGUCCAGAAGGAUUUACUGGAAGUUUUUGUGAAGUAAAUAUCGACGAUUGCCAGCAUUUACCGUGUGCCGAAGGAAGCACUUGUAUCGAUUUAGUUGCCGAUUUUCAAUGUCUUUGCCCUCCAGGAUUUAAUGGUUCUACUUGUCACGAAGAAAUAAACGAGUGUGAAUCAAAUCCGUGUGAAAAUUUUGCUAUUUGUGUCGAUCAAAUUGCAGGAUUUGAAUGCCUUUGUCUUCCCGGAUACGAAGGUCGAUUUUGUGAAAUCGACAUAGACAUUUGCGAAAAAUAUCCUUGUGCUAAUGAAGCGUACUGUGAGGAAAUAAAUAACGACAGACUCUGUCAUUGUUUACCCGGUUUUGAAGGUGCAGAUUGCAGUAUCAAUAUAGACGACUGUUUAUUUGUUACAUGCAUGAAUGGAGGAAGUUGUUUAGAUGGAGUUAUGAAUUACACUUGUUUGUGCUUGCCUGGCUACGUUGGCAGACAUUGUGAAAUAAAUCACGAUGACUGUAUUGGUCACCAGUGUGCAAUGGGUUCGACAUGUAUCGAUCAUGUGAAUGGUUAUGAAUGUUUAUGUUUACCUGGAUAUUCUGGACUCUUUUGUGAACAACAACUUCCUUCGGAUUUCAUGAUGUCAUUUAAUAAUCCGUCCAUAUCUAAUUUUGCCAUUGCAAACCGAAUACCACAGAUGUCUUCCACUACGAUAAGUAUGUGGGUGCAGACGACGGAUAAAUAUCGACAGGGAGCAAUGAUAUCGUACGCUGCCAGAGAUCGACUUCGGCAUAGUGUAGCCAAUGCCCUUACGCUCACGGACUACGGAUCUUUAAAAAUUUAUAUCAACGACGAGCCGGUAUAUACUAAUAUAAAGUUGAACGAUGGCAAUUGGCAUCACGUGAUAUUUACGUGGUCGUCUAAUGACGGUUCCUGGAAUUUAUAUAAAAAUGGAAAUCUCAUAGCUUCGGGAGAAAAUCUGCAAACUAAUCAACAGAUACCUGGUGGCGGAUCUCUAAUUAUCGGACAAGAACAAGAUUGCGUGGGAGGAGAGUUUAGUCCCACGGAAACAUUCAUCGGAAAUAUUACCAGGGUUAAUCUUUGGAAUAAAGUUCUUUCGUCUGACGACAUUAAGAAUUUAUGUAAUUUAAAAGAUGUAUCUGGGUCGGUUUCGGCCUGGCCCGAUUUUCAGAAAGGAGUUAAUGGCCAAAUCAAAAUAUAUACAUCAUAUCAUCCGUGGAAUUAAUCACGGCUCUAUAGAAAAUAAACACAUGUGUAUGUUUCAUUGAAA